AUGGACUUUUUUUUAUUAGUAGAGAAGGAUGUACAAUAAGGCCUCCAGUCUUUUUUACGCCAUCAAAUCGGGCGAUUUGGACACAAUACGGUCCCUACUGGAAAGCUGUUCAACUUCCGAGCGGCGAGACCUAUUACAAAGUCGAGAUAUAGAAGGACUCUACAUACGAAGACCAUCCGGUAGUAGAGAACUUCAUGUAAAAGCCGCAACACCUUUGUUGACCGCCGUUUGUGGAUGGUAUUUGGAUAUAGUAGAAUAUCUCGCAGCCUUACAAUACGGGAUCAACGAAAAAUGCUCAAUAGAAGACCUAACUGUCUACGACGGUGUUACAGCAUUAUAUCUGGCUUCCCUUUUGGGAAAAAUGGAAAUGGUAGAUAUACUUGUUAAACAUGGUGCAGAUUUAGUCGCUCAAACCAGCACAGGUGAUACGGCUUUGCAUGAGGCGUCCCUCGAAGGUCACCUAUCCAUUGUUAAGUGCUUAAUCGAUAACCAUGCUUUCUUCGAACUGCCUAACAAGCACGGUGUUACCUGCCUAAUGACAGCGGCUUUCGCCGAUAAUGUAGAAGUUGUUAAAUAUCUUGUUUCUAAAGGAGCAAGUUUAAAUGUUAAGGAUAACGAUGGAAAGAAUGUUCUGUUUUAUGCGGUUGCAAGUGGUCAAUUAGAUACCGUCAUCUUUUUGUUAGAGAAAGGUGCCAAUUUCAUUUCAGAUUCGUCUGGUGUUAGUGUACUUAUGGAAGCAUCUUUACGUGGUCAUAUUUCAAUUGUUCGAUAUUUAAUCAAUCAACCAAGUAUGGCACAAGACCAUUCCGUUGUGACGUCUUGUGCGGAACUAGAUUUUCCUCCCAUCAACCACAUUGAUAAGGCCGGCAGGAAUGCUUUGUUUUAUGCCUGUGAUGGUGGCAGCAUCGAAACUUUCGAACUACUUAUAAGGAACAAGUUGACAGCAAAAGCUGCUAAUGACGGCCGUACGGUGUUAAUGACUUCCGCUUUGAAGGGCAAUCAGCUCAUGCUCCGACAUUCGAUUAUCAACGCAAAACGACUUGGUAUAAAUAUUAAUGCUAUGGAUCAUAAAGGAAGGAACACUUUAUUCUAUGUAAUAUCAUCUGGUGACAGUGACCUCUUCGAGUAUCUUAUUGAAGAGGGUAUAGAAGUUAGACCGAGCUACGAUGACAUAACAAUUAUGAUGCAGGCAGUUGCUAAAAACAAAACUGAAAUAUCAAAAAUUAUAUUGGAUAGACUCGAUGAAUUUUGUAUUGACAUUAAUUCACGAGAUAAAGACGGUUGGAACGCAUUACUUUACUCAGUGUCCGGCGGUGAUAUUGAACUAUUUGACACCCUAGUUGAUUAUGGAGCUGAAGCGACGCCGGCAGCGGAUGGUAGGAGUAUAUUAAUGCAGGCGGCUACCAGGGGCGAUGUGGUCUUUUUAAGGCAUAUUAUGCAGCAGGCCAGGAAAUUUGGCGUAUUCGUAAAUCAAGUGGACACCGACGGUUGGAAUGCCUUAUUCUACGCGAUUCAAGGUAAUAAUAAGGAAGCUUUUGACUACCUGUUGAAGCAGGGAGCCAAAAUUUCCAAGGCCAAUAAUGGAAUGAACAUCCUAAUGGAAGCAGUGGACAAAGGGCACGAAGAUCUCAUCAACGACCUACUCAGUUCCUCCAAGAUAAGCAUCUCAGACAAGGAUAACGACGGUAAUAACAUCCUCUUCUACUGCGCUGCCAGCGGCUUCGUCCACAUCUUUAAGACGCUACUAGAUGCUGGUGCGAGGGUUGAAAGCGAUAAUAGAAAUCGAACAGUUCUAAUGCAAGCAUCAUCUUGCGGUCAACUGGAAAUGGUUCAUUACUUACUUAGGGAAAAAGAUUCGUUAAAUUUGCCUAUUCAUCAAACUGACUGCGAAGGAAGAAACGCUCUUUUCUAUGGGACAGAAAGCGGUGACGUUGACAUUGUAAGCGUUUUAAUAAAGAAUGAUAUCAAACCGCAGUCGGAUGAAAAGAAUAGGACAGUUAUCUCAACAGCCUGUUCGGCUGGUCGCCGAGAUAUCGUCGAGUUGUAUUUGAACAAUCGAAACGCCCUACAAAUCGAUCUGGACGCUCAAGACGAGGACGGAAAUGGCGCUCUAUUCUUUGCCUACAACUCUUCGAACUGUGAGAUAAUCAAAUUGCUUUUAUCUUCGCAAAUCCUUCUCCGGAAUAACAGAGAGGGCGAGAGCGUUCUUGCUCAAAGCCUAGCUGACGGAAAUGACAACAUAGCGUCACUUAUCUUGUCAUGUGACUCAAAUUUGGCGGAAGUUGUUAAUGGUCGAGAUAAGAAUAAAGGAAGGACCGUAAUACAGCACGCCGUUUAUCGAGGAGACUUUCCUCUCUUGGAACAGGUGGCAAAGUACUAUGAUCCAAACUCUGACAGAGAUAACGAAGGCAGUACAUCACUCAUUCUGGCAGUCAAAUCUCCUAGGUAUUCCUUUGAAAUUGUUAAGUUUCUCAUAGAAGAAAUCAUCGUUGAUCCCAGCGCCGUCGAUUCAUCUAAACGCAGCGCAUUGUUCUACGCUGUUGAGAAAGGCUUGUUAGAAUUAAUGGAAUUUUUAUUAAACAAAACAAUUGUUCAGAGAGAUGCUGAUGGUAAAUGCCUAUUAACUGUUUGUAUAGAGUCUGGUCGUCUUGCUGCUUUUGAUCAACUUAUUUACCUGAAAUCUUUUGACGCCACUAAUCGUGACAAGAAUGGAAUGACACUCUUACAUCAUGCUGCUCUCCAUGGUCGUCAUUUUAUGAUGCAACAACUAUUGGGAUCUGUUGACAUAGACUCGAUAGAUUGCACCGGAAGGACACCUCUAAUGCUUGCCUGUCUUGGAGGUCAUUAUCCCAGUGUAUGUUAUCUACUAAAAUUGGGAGCUGAUUAUGAAUUGGCUGAUAAUCAAGGUGAUACAGCUCUGAAUUAUUGCUUCUAUGAGCCGUUGAAAGUUAACGUCAAAUGCAUUAAGGGCCUUCUUCUAUAUGGUGCUGAGGCAAAUCGGCAGAACAAAAACGGUCGAACAUCCCUAAUGUUGGCCUGCUCGGGUUGCUCUCAAACGAAUAUUAAUGCUAUUAAAACUUUGUUAGAAAAUGGUGCUGAUUGUACAAUUCAGGAUAGCGAUGGAAAUGACGCUUUUGACGCCUGCCCGCUCGGUGCUGAUUAUGUGAAAGGAAUGAUGAUUGAAUAUGCCAAACUUUUACCCAACGAAAUUGAAGCCUUAGAAGAGAGCCGAUGUGACCUAUAUGAACAACUUGAUUGUAAUGCCGCAUUAAGAGACUUAAUUAAAUUGAAAAUCUUUACAAAAACCCUCCAGUUUGAGGUGAUGAAACAGCCGGCUAAUUUAAGAGUUUAUAAACUCAUCGACAUCCUCCAGUAUAGAGGUCCAAGAGGCUUUCGCUCCUUCUCCUGCGUACUUAAGCAGCAAGGGCUAUACGAAAUUGGUUUUAACCUGCAGAAACGUUCUUAUCUGAAUGGAAAAACUGUUGAAAUUUACGUCUAA